AUGGGAGAAUCAAAUUCCAACUAUAUCUCAUAUGCUACAUCUAAUAAAUGUCCCGAUGAUUGUGGUCGAUGUAAUAUUUGUAUUGCGAAUAAUAUUUGGGUUUGUGCUAAAGAACAUAGAGGAAAACUUAGUACCAGUUUGUCUAAUCUCGUGAAGGAAAAAGAGAUUGAAGAAAUUGAGAAAUUGCAUAACAUUUGCGGUAAUAAAGAAAUAGCCGAGUUUCUUUAUAAAUGCAAAUGUGUAGAUAACUCUGUGACUAGGUGGAUUCCUUUUGAUGAGUUUGAGGAUAUUGAAUAUUUAGGUAAAGGAGGUUUUGGAAUAGUUCACAAAGCAACUUGGAGUAAAGCUAUGUGUUUGUUUGGAAAGUACGUUAGAACAAGAGUGGUAUUGAAAAGUUUAGAUUGCGAUGUUUCAGCAAUUUUAAAGGAGCUAAAACCAUAUUAUGAAGUUAAAGAUACUUAUGAUACUUAUGAUUAUUUCAUGAUUAAAUGUUAUGGAAUUACACAAAAACCAAAUACAAAAGAAUAUUUGAUGAUUAAUGCAACUUCAUUCCAAUAA